CACAUUACUCUAAAAGCACAUUAGUAGAUUAGAUUUUUGGUAAGAUUUGUUAAGAUGUAUUAUAUUUAAGAUUCAUAUUUAGGAAUAAAAGCAUUAAAACAACAGUAUAACUGUAAAUCUGACACAUUUAUUUUGCAGUAAUAUUUAUUUUACACAUUUGCCACAUUUAUUUUACAGUAAUACUGCUCCCUCACCUGUAAAAAAUGCAGUUCAAUAUGCCUUUACUGUGAACAAACAUUACAGAAGAAUGUUAUAAAUGUUAAUGACAGCAACAGCCUGGCAGCUCACCUGGCAGUAAUUACUGUAGAGAUCCAAGAUCAUUGUUACAGUGCUACUGAAAGCUGAACUUUGCUCCCUGUAGGCUGCAGAAAUAAAAACGGCUUCAGUCUCACAGAGAGAUCAGCAGAUCCGCAGAUCGAUCACAGCCAGAAAGACUUUUCUAACAAGUUCAAAAAGCGUCUCAUUACAACAGAAGCUGCAGAAAAAGGGGCGGAGUAAAAAAGAAAGAGACUGAAAGUGAAAGUUGUCUCUGCUGCUGCAUUACAUCCGGAUGCAAGUGAGAAACAAACAAGCGGUGGUCAAAAAGUUAUAAUAUUUUCAUUCAGUAUGUCAGACUAUCAGUAUGCUGUGCUUUUCGAGGCAAACAACCUCUCAGAUGGAGAAAUGAAAAAGAUUAGAAACUAUUUUAAGAUCAGGCGGCAGUCUGGAGGAGGAGAGUGUGGAGAAGUGGAAAAAGUGGAAGACAACACCUACAAGAUAAGCUUCUCGGACAAAACAGCACAGGACAGAGUAUUAAGCAAAAGUGAUCAUGUAAUCAAUCUCCCUGGACGAGGAAAUGUACACAUCCUGAUAAAACACCAUGACAUUAAAGAAGAGAAACAGCUUCUACCACAUUCCACAUCCGAUCAACAAGCCACUGGGGACACACCUAUGCAGAAAGUUUUUAAACUAGACCCAUACUUACUGCACUAUCUGAAAGACAAUUCAAGAGCAAAGUCAGAUUUGGAGGAACAGCUCUCCUCUUUGCUAAGCACCUUUAAGUUAGACAUGGUCACUGAGGCAGUAGUGGUAAUGAGGGAUGCAGUCCAAACAGGUCAAUAUGAUGUUGUCCAGCAGAAGUGGGAAGCAAAGGUGGAUUUAUUGUUCUCGGACCUACAGCAUCGGUAUGCCAUCCAUUUUGAGGUGGAUCCUAAGAGGUUAGAGAUUCUACAAAAAAACCCUUUCCUAUUGUCACAAAACAUUGGAAUCUAUGAAGAAAGUGGUUUAUCUGUGAUUGUUGGAGAAAAUAAGGAAGUGGAGAGGUUUUUUAAAGUUAUAGAUGCUUUGCAGUUGCAGCAGCAAGCCCGUAAAAAAGAAUGCCCCGUGUCUGAGACACAAUAUGAACUUGUGAAAGAGCAGUUUCAACAGGAGAUAAAGUCAAAAUUUUCAAAGAUCGAGAUUACACAGGAGCAACCUGGCUGUCUUGUCUUAAAGGGUCCUGAAGAACAAGUCCAUUCAGCAGCAACAAAGCUUAAAGAGUUGCUGAAUCAGAUUCAAGAGAAAAGAAUCCCACUGCCUCAUCCCCUCAAAGCAUUUUUGUCAUCCAGUGGUGCUAUUCAGAUCUUUCAGACACGAUUUCAGCAGAAUCUCUGCAGUCCGGUCUUGCUUGAGGCCACAGGAUCCAGCUCAGAUUUGGUUCUGCUAAGUUUGUCCACAGGCGCACUUCAGGAAGCAGCAACUGCAAUACAGAGAGACCUGUGUGUGGAGACGGUCCUGCUGGAGCAAGCUGAAUCUGAGUCACCAGGAAUAGAUACUUUGAAGGAGGCUCUGAGUCCUGCAUUACAACAGGCUAAUCAUGGAACUUCUAAAGUGGAACUUAGCUACGUGCCAGGGCCAGGGUCUGACCCCAGAAUGAAGGCACAACUGGUGGGCUACAGCACUGAAGUCAAUAAAUUAAAAAAUAUUAUACAGGAAUUCAAGCAAAACUAUGUGGAAUACAGUGACACUGUGCCACUACCAUUAGCAGAACUGGGGGAUAAUUUCUCUAAACUUCUGUCACUGCUAGGUGUGACAGCAACUGAUGUAAAUCUAAUGGCUACAUCCUCACCUGUAGCAUGUGUCUACCUCUCAGGACCUCGCUGUAAAGUAAUUGAUAUGAAGAAGAAACUGCUUUCAUCAUUUAGCCAUCUUAUAUGUCAGAAGAUUUCAGUGGAUGGUCCUGGAGUCAUGCAGUUCUUUCAAGAGGAAGGUCUAAACACACAAGAAUUAUUGCAGAGCUCCUGUCAGGUUCUAAUAUCCCUCAAAAACAAUGUCCAAACAGGUGCUGCAACAGCCAGAAACACAGCCUUUACCAGUCUCCCUGCCAUACCUGCUUCUGUGUCACUUCCAAGUUACUCUGUGGCCCUGGAAAUUGUAUUUGGAGGUCUUGAAGAUCAGCAGGCUGAUGUACUUGUUGCCCCCAUGCUGAAUACAAACUUGACCUCAACUAAUGUUGGGAAAUCCUUGCUAAAUAAAGCAGGGCAGCAGUUUAAGAGUAAUUUUGAUGCUGCCAAAGGAAGAUGCAGAAUUACUCCUGGAGAUGUGCUGGAGGUAGAUGGGGCUCCAUUAGGGUGCCACAAGGUCUUCUUUAUUGAGUGUGUACCUUGGAUUGGAAACACACACAGCAGUGAAAAGGCAUUACGCUGUGGACUUCAACGAGCUCUGGCAAUUUGUGAACAGCAGGCAUGUAGCUCAGUCGCUUUUCCUGUAAUUGGACCCGGCGUGGCACUGGCUGUACCCGUACAAAAUGCCGCUAAUAUUCUGACAGGAGAGAUUGGGACUUUUGGCCUAACUGGAUCCAUUAGUACUCUCAGGACCAUACGAAUUGUAAUAAUGCCUAAUUAUCCAGAUUCUGAAGAGAUUUACCUGGCAGUCAAUACUGGGUUAAAUGCAAUAAUGGUGGAUCAUACAGGACAGGCUGCCUUUCAGUCUCUAAGCUCUGAAAUUGAUGAAAUCACCAUCCCAGUGGCCAGGUGUCAGCUCCAUCUGAUAUUUGGAGACAUCAGCAAUGAGACUACAGAUGUCAUUGUAAACACCACAGACUUUACUGACUUACAAACAGAUGUGUGCAAUGACAUCCUGACUAUUGCUGGACCACAAGUCAAGGCUGCUCUAACAGGAGUGCAGGUAAAGAAAGGAGAAAUCUUUAUCACUCAGCCUGGAGAAUUCCCCUGCAAGGCGAUUAUGCAUGUGUGUGGAGAAAAGGAUACAGAUGUUAUUAAAAAACUGGCACGAGAUAUCCUGCUCAAAUGUGAGCACAGUGGCUACCAGUCAGUGGCCAUUCCUGCUAUUUGUGCUGGUAAAGGAGGGUUAGAUGCCCGUCUGGUGGCCCAGGCUAUUCUCCAGGGUGUGAAGGAUGCUACAAUACAAACUAACCUCAACAAUGUUAAAAGAAUUCACGUUGUUUUGAUGAAAAUCCAUGUUUUUUUGGAGUUCAAAGCAAUGGCACAGCAGAUCUUUGGCAGAUUUACCCAGAUGACAGCUCCUUUGCUGUUCACACCUCUCAGACCUGCUCCAUCUUCUUUGACCCUAGACCUUAGCUCUCUUGUUCAGUCUCUUCCAGACCAGCAUGUCACAGCUGAAUUUCUUGUAGUGGGGUUAAAUGGUGAUAAUGUCUCAAGGGCCUGUCGAGAGCUUCAUCAAGCAUAUAAAAGCCACUGCUCUUCUCAUUUUGUUUCACAAGAGGAACUUAAACACUUCACUCCAGCUGAGGUGGAUGAUAUUAUCAGUAAUGUGACUUCUCUGGGUAUUCGGAUAAGCCAACGUGGCCCUGAUGGGUUGGAAGUUAGUGGACUGACAAAAGGGGUAAAUGUGUUCACACAACUAAUACGAGAGGCUCUUGUCAGGCAGGUUAGAGAGAAAGAACAGGAUGCAGUUUUUUCCCGUGUCAGCUGGUGUAUUUUGGGAUUAAGAGGAACCUGGGAGAGGUUACCUAAAGAGGCUCAUCAUCAGCUGGAAAACAAGAAUGUUGGUGGAGGGAUACUGGAUGCAAAAACACAAAAAUGGACAGUAAAUCUUACAAAGAUGAAGGCCACAGCAAUUGGAUCUACAGUUGUGGCAAAGAUCAAACGACUGGAGAACUUAUCAGGUUUUGAUUUUCCACUUUACUGGGACAGCAUGACCACAGGGGAGGUUCUAAAGGUGGUUCCUCUGCACUCCAGCUCUGCUGAGUACAAAAAAGUGAAAAGUGACUUCAAGAGAACAGUCGCAAAAGCAGUUGUCAAGAUUGAACGCAUUCAAAAUGUGAAUCUGCGCCGGGCCUACGAAGUUCAUAAGAAAGAGCUGCAGAAUAAGAAUGGGACAGUUGGGGCAGGAGAGAGAGUCCUAUACCACGGGACCACAGCUGAUGCCUGCGCUUCUAUACAGCGCAGUAACUUUAACCGCAGAUUUGCUGGACAAAACGGAACCAUGUAUGGACUCGGGACAUACUUUGCUGUGAAUGCCAGCUACUCGGCCAAUCCCACGUACUCUGCACCUUCCACAGAUGGGACACAGCUCAUGUUUGUGACACUUGUACUAACGGGUCAUUACACCCAGGGAAAAGGUGACAUGGUGGUUCCCCCUCCUCGCUCAUCACAGGAUCCUAAUGACAGAUUUGACAGUGUGGUCAACAACAUGCAGACACCCAGUAUGUUUGUGGUGUUUCAUGACUGCCAGGCCUACCCAGACUACCUCAUCACAUUCAAAUGAGGGCACAGCUGUAGCUCCUGGCUAGAUUCAGUAUAAACUCCAGUGUUUUUAACAAAAGACCUAAUCACCAGGAAUAUGCCAGGUUUAAAAAGUAACCCUAUAGAGCAUAUUUUUCUACUAUCAGCUGGGCUAAGAGUGGUCCUUGGGAUUAACAGUAGGCCUGUCUGUGCUGACUGAAGUGCUUAAUGCGGACUAUAUUGCUUCAGGAGAUCAACAGGAUAUCCCACAGCUAAACAAUUCAGACGUUUAAACAUCAUAUUCUGCAGCAAAGCUAAGACUAAAUCUUUACACACACACAAGCCUAAUCCUGAAAUGAAACAUUAUUAGAUUAGGUGCAUUUGUCACCAUGUGUCUGUGUCCCCAUAAUUUGUCCAUUACCUUCAGACUGUUUAAAUGGACAUGAUAAACCCCCAUCAUUUUGAUUUCACUUAGCAUCAACAGAGCAAUGCAGGAGUUAAUAUUAAACUUCUUGGGCCAAAUAUUAAAUAAUUAAUUUUCUUAAUCAGUGGAAAGCAAUCUGUUAUGAAUUACAUAUUAAAUGGGUGUGUUAUUUCACAAAGGUCAUAUAUGUAUACUUCUUAUUUCUGUUUAUGACACUAGGAAGAAGUACCUAAGACUGCAGUGAUUGCUACAGUACCUACCAAAAAUGAUUCCCAUGGCAAUUCUGUAGGGCAAACUGUGUCUCUCAAUACGCAUCAAAAAGUUAUUUGAUGUAAUAUUUCACCCAUUUUCAUUGGAGCUGCCCCCAUAUUUCUCAAUUCUAUAACUACAAGAUAUGUAUUGAUAUUGUACUGUAUGUAGGCAUAAAAAAUUAUAGCAAGUUCAGACAAGAGCUGAGAGUGUUUCACUGAAGUAGGUUUCAGUGUGUUCAGCCAACAAUUUAUUUGUGUUUAUUCACCGGUAAAACCUUCAAAGCCUAUAUGGAAUUAUUAUCAUAUCAUAUCAUAUUAUGCAAUUAUCACAUUAUCAUGCAUUGUACAUUUUACUAGGGUCAUAAUUAUAAAUACAGUUUCACAUUAGGACAGUAAAAACAAUCUUUAGUUGCCAAUAUUUAGUUGUUGGAGGUUUUUGUUCCUUAUGUAUACACAAGAUUAAUAAAUGUAAGAGUUUUCUCUGUGAUAUAA